CAUGACUUGAGCUGCCCGCAUAAAAAUGAAUAAGAGAGACGAAACAGAUGAAUCUCUGCAAUGCAAUGAACAAUGCGAUGGACAUCGCUUUGGAGACGGACCCCAACACAGUGAUCUUCGGUGAGGACGUGGCCUUCGGUGCUGGAAAAUUAGACAAUGGAGGUACGGACGUGACGAUGGUGGCGUGGGGCACGCAGGUGCACGUGUUGCGUGAGGUCGCGCGGCUCGCCCAGGAGAAGCUGAACGUGUCGUGUGAGCUCAUCGAUCUGCAGACGCUCAUGCCGUGGGACAUAGAGACCGUCGCUGAGUCGGUCUGCAAGACGGGGCGCCUCCUGGUGGCGCACGAGGCGCCGCACACGUCCGGGUUCGGGGCAGAGAUCGCCGCGACCGUGCAGCGCGAGUGCUUUCUCAACCUGGAGGCCCCGAUCGAGCGCGUGUGCGGACACGACACGCCCUUCCCGCACGUCUUCGAGCCGUUCUACAACCCCGACAAGUGGCGCUGCCUGGAGGCCGUCAAGCGACUCGUCAACUUCUGAGCGGGAGCGGGAGACGAUUUUUCCGACGAUCGUCGGUCGUCGUCGUGUUUUUGACGUGUCGACGCUACCGUUCGGUACGGCGAUGUGUCGUCGCUACCGUUCGGUACGACGAUGUGUCGUCGCUACCGUUCGGUACGAAUGUGUCGUCGGAACCCGCGCUGCGGUUUCGCUGCAUGCAUGCCACGUUUUGAUGUCAUCACUACACGCGCGCACAUCGUCGUCAUGUUUUGAUGAUGUCAUCACUACACGCGCGCACAUCGUCGUCAUGUUUUGAUGAUGUCAUCACUACACGCGCACACAUCGUCGUCAUGUCGCGUGCGUGACG